AUGUUGGCCAACUCGAUAACAGCAUUUGCGCAGCUCGCUGUUCUGGCCGCCGUCGCCAGAGCUGGCCACCAUGAAGUUGCAGUCGGUAAGGACAAGCAGCUCAAGUUUGUCCCAGAGACGUUGAACGCGGCCAUCGGCGAUACAAUCACAUAUUCGUUCUUCGCAAAGGAUCCAUGUCAUCCCUUGGAAGGCGGCUUUUUCUCAGGCUUUGUCCCGACUGCAUCAGAAACUGAAGCCUCCCCGACGACCUGGACCAUCACAGUCAAGGACUCGAAGCCCAUUUGGAUCUACUGCGGCCAAACAACUGGCAACCACUGCCAGUCCGGCAUGGUGCAUGCCGUCAACGCGCCGGCUACUGGAAACACUUUUGACGCCUACAAGUCGAAAGCCGCUACGGCAUCGACAAGCACGUCUCCCGCAGAUGGUCUUCCUGCAGGAGGUUCGCGUGUUGUGCACAUCACCGUAGCUCUAGACAAGUCAUUGACUUUCUCUCCAAACGACAUUACGGAACCAGUCGGGACCGUGGUCGAGUUUGCCUUCAACCCAGCGAAUCACACCGUCACACAAUCGUCAUUCGAUGAUCCAUGCCACCCGCUCGCCAACGGCUUCAGCAGCGGCUUCAUUCCGACCUCAGUAUCUCCCUCCGGAGUUCUCUUUGACAUUGUCGUCAAGGACACCAAGCCGAUAUGGUUUUACUGCGGGCAGCCUAACAAGAAUCACUGCCAGUCUGGAAUGGUCGGGAGCGUCAAUGCUCCUGCCAGCGGAAACACUCUCCAAGCCUUCACAGACAAGGCCAAGGGUGCUGCCGCAAGCACCAUCCCACCCCAGGCACCUCUCGGGGGCACUCUUAUCGUCAACGGAACGGUUAUCCCCACCCUGAACGGCAACGUCCUCAAUGUCACCGCUCUAGACAGCGGCAUGCUCAAGGACAUCCCACCGCCCGGCCAGGCCCUCCCUCCCCUCGUCGGCGGCAUGGCCGGUGGAGGCCCACCCAAUAGCUACAACUGGGCACCGCAGAUCUCCGACAACUCCACCGCGGCCCUGCAGCUGCUGCAGUUCCUCGACAACGUCCUCCUCGAAGUCCUGUUCGAGGGCUUCCUCAAGGUGCGCGCCGGCGGCGAGUGGGCGGGCGUGUACCCGCGCUCCAUCGUCGACACGCUCGGCGCCCUCGCCGCGCAGGCCCUCGUCCACCGCUCCACGGCCACCGACUCCCUGCAGCACUACAAGCGCGACCUCAUGGGCGCCUGCACGCACCGCCUGCCGAGCGGCAACGGCACCACGACCAGCACCGGGGCCGAGGCCUUCAUCGACGCCGCGCUGGCCCUCGUCCUGGUCGAGAUCGGCGCGCUGACCGACGCCGUCACCGUGGCGGCCGUCUCGGGCGACCAGUGGCUCGUCCCGGCCCUGGCGACGCAGAUCGGCGCCAAGAGCCGCAUGGCCGGCGUCCUGGAGAUGAUGCGCGGCCGGGCCCCCGGCGCGGCGCCCCGCGAGGCCCUGCUGCCGGCGGGCCUGGCGUACAGCUUCGUCGCGAGCAACUACGUGUCCAAGUGCCCCGACGGCGACGCGGCGGAGAAGAAGUGGGGCAAGGCCCUGCCCGCGCUGCAGGUCUCCGGGUCGCGGCGGACGAUGCCCGGCGGGCGCAAGGCGAGCAUCACCGUCGCCGUGCCCGAGGGCGCCAAAGGCGACAUGUGGGUUGCCUGGGUCGGCGCCUGGGGGUCCCUGCGGUUCACGAGCGUACAGGUUGACGGCGGCCAGGGCACGGCCGAUGUGCCGGCGGAUCUGGGCGGUCAUGUGUGGAGUGUGCUCGUGACGAAGAAGGACGUCAAGGCGCAGGAGCUUGCUGGCGUGGCAGUCGCAGGACCCUCUUUAGUCUGGGUCUCUGAAUCGCGAGAGAUGUGA